AUGGUCGGUCUACAAGCUGAGAACCUCGCCGUAAACGACGGCCCUCUAACAUCAGAGAACGCUGCCCUCCUCCGCCCCUCCUCUCCAUCCCUCCCUCUCUCCGAGCUCCGCGCGCGCUACGAUGCAGACGGCUAUCUAUUCCUCAAGCAAGUCCUACCGAGGCAAGACGUUCUAGACGCCCGAGACGCCUACUUCUCUUCAUUGAAAGAGACAGGAGUCCUGAAGCCAGGCACCGCACCCGUGGAAGGAGUGUUCGAUCCGGCAAAGAGUCAUCUUGACUAUCCCGGCAUUGGAGCCGGACACGUUGACGGAAAUGGUAGACCUGGUGGUGAGCGGGCAGCUGCAUUCGUGGAUCUUGCCCUCGAUGCGCAUUACCAGGAAUGGUAUGACAAGUUCUGUAACCAUCCUGCGUUGUAUGACUUUGUGGCACGGUUCGCGGAUUGGGGGAAGAACACGCUUAAUCUGAAGCGUACUCUGCUCAGAAACAACAUUCCGGGUUCAAAGCCUAUUGGUGUGCAUUAUGAUCAGAUUUUCUUGAGAUAUGGGGAUCCGACGAGUAUUACUGCUUGGGUUCCUAUCGGAGAUGUCAAGAUCAAUGGCGGAGGGUUGAUUUAUCUGGAAGAUGGUGACAAUAUCGGAAUCGAGACGGAGGAGGCUUUCUUCCGGAAAGCGAAGCAGGCUGGACUUUCUGAUGAAGAGGCGAAGUCGGCUUUCAAUACGAAUAUGAUGUCGACGGGUCUCCUGUCUGAGUUCCCAAGUGGAUUUGCAAAGGAACAUGGGAAGCGAUGGUUGGUUUCAGAGUAUGAAGCGGGCGAUGUUGUCUUGCACAAGCCACACAUGAUCCAUGCCUCCACAAUCAAUCACGACCCUGAGAAUGUUAUCCGCCUUGCGACAGACCUUCGCUUUUGCGACUCGUCUAAGCCUUACGAUAAGCGAUGGAUGAACUCCUAUCGCUUCAAUGACGGUGUAUAG